UCUAGUAGUCCAGCCCUCACCAGUCCUCAGACCACCAGUGUGUUGAUAUACCUAGAUUUGAAGCCGAGACAGCCUACUAUAUCUGGCCAGAUGUCACAGACAGAGAACACAGAUCUACAGGUAGUGUGUGAGUCUACAGGAAGUAGACCUGCGGCCGACAUUGAGUGGAAUGUUCGGGGAACAUGGCAGUCAAGUAAUCCAACAGAGAUCAAGGUCGUGGACAGUGCUACAGAAACCUACACAAUGACGUCAACACUCUCCCUCCAAGUCACACGUCCAGACAAUGGGAAGUCUGUGUACUGUAGAGCCAGUAACCGGGCCUUACCUGGAGGGACUGAAUCAGAACGACAGACUAUAACAGUAUUGUAUCCUCCUGACAUACAUAUCAACUAUGUCAAUGUCACCCACAUGUCGUCAGACAGGAUAUUGACAUGUGUCCCAGAUGGUAACCCGGCCAUGUACCACUUUAGGCAAUGGAAACAAACGGCGGAAGACGGCACAGUAAUACGUCAGUUGACCGGAAAUUCCAGUUCCACAGAGUCGAUACUAACCCUACCUGACCUUGAUGUUACACGACGGUAUGAGGACACGGGGUUCUAUAUAUGUUCAGCCUCCAACGACAUUUUGGAAUCCAAUUCAUACAUGUCUGGAUCAGUCUUCUUUGUUGUAGAAGCUCCUCCUGUGGUGAUAACAAACACAACUGAGGUCAAGGGACAAAUAGGGAGCAAUUUCACUAUAGAGGUGGAAUUUUACAGUAGACCCGCGGUCAGUGAGACUGAUGUGACAUGGACCAAAGGAACAGAGACUUUAACUCAUAAUAAUAUGACUGUUAUGUCUAUAGUGGACACAAUUGUUCAUGUGUCAUUCCAUGGUGUUCAGAUUGAGGUCAAAGGUUAUGUGGCUGCUAUAACAAUACACAGACUGAUGGAACCGGACUUUGGUAACUACACAGUGACAAUAGGAAACAGAGAGGGAAAUUCAAGCCACACAGUUGUGUUAAAAUCUGCAAGUCCUCCUUUACCACCAGACAAUGUUAUACCACUAACUUAUGAUAGCAGCAGUAUUACUAUACAGUGGAAACCGAGAUUCAAUGGUGGAGCAGAACAAUGGUUUAUCAUUGGAUACAAGACUGACAUAUCAAAGGACUUCGAUGAUCAUGAAAUACCAGAUUCUCAGAAAGAAAUCCAGUCCUACCAAAUUACUAGACUAUCGGCAUCAACGAUAUAUUUCAUCCACAUGUACUCUGAAAAUGCAUUUGGCAGGAGUGACUUUGUUUUUCUAAAUCAAACAACAUCAGAUCAAUUUUAUGCUCAAGUGGCCCGCCAUGGCGCGUCACCCAACAUCAACUUUUUCCUUCAAAGAACUUCUUAUUAA